AAGGACAUUCCUGCCCCCGACCUACUAAGGAGGAAUUACGACUAUUGUCCACCUCAUUCUUCGGCCGUGACCGCAGCACCAAGCGGCGGGACCCGAUCCUUCCCGUCUAGGUAUCCAGGUAUACACACCGGUGCGUGCACCCUGCGCGAAGCCAGAGCCCCGUCAGCCACAGGAGGGGUACUCCUGUGUUACCGACUCACAACACGAGGAGGUGGGGUUGGCACAUGGGCCCGGUGGCCCUUCUGCGAGUCGCGCUCUUAGCCUCGGGGAACAACACCCCGGGGCUGCGCGUCGUCGGGGCAAUCGGGCCCCUCCUUGACCAGUGGGUCGACAGGGGAUGGGGUGGGCCGUCUUUCCGGAUGACCCAGGUGAUGACGGGGCAUGGCUGCUUCGGACAUUUCCUGGGUCGGAUCGGAAAGGAGCAAGACUCCCGCUGCCACCAUUGCAGCGCGGCGGACGACACCGGCCAACACACGUUGGGCGAGUGUCCGGCGUGGGCGGACGAGCGGGAUGCGCUCGUCCGCGUGAUAGGGCAGGACCUCUCCCUUCCAGCGGUGAUCACCGCAAUAUUGGAAGAGGAGAGGUCCUGGUACGCGUUGGCCUCCUUCUGCGAGAAAGUCAUCUCGCAGAAGGAGACGGCGGAGCGGGAGAGGAGGGGCCAGAUACCCCUUCCCCGCCCGCCACAGCGGCGGCGGCGGCGGCGCUGGGCUCGGGGAAGACUUCCGCGGGCCCGGCCUGCCCGACCGGCCGCGGGGGAUGGGGUGGGAGCUGGGUCAGACGGAGGAAGAGCCGACGGGGAGACGCGUAUUUCCCCGGCCUCCCCUCCCAUGACACGGAGCCGGGCGAGAAUGUUACUUGCCCGUGCUCCCGCUCCCACUCCACCCCCUACUCCGCCGCCCACACGACCGCCCUGA